GUCACUGGCAAAGCCUCGGAGUCGUAUUCACGAUAGAUUAGUCGAAGAGAGCCUAAAAAGAGCAUUUGGCGGCCUCUAGCUCUAGUUGUGGCCUAGAUUCUCUUAUAUUUUUUGUUAUUUUGUUAGAGUUAUUAUGAAUACCUGUGGGUUCGUCACUUGCGGUCCUAACGAGGCUCUCGUAGUCUCAGGAUGUUGCUAUGGUAAGCCUUUGUUGGUGCCUGGAGGCAGAGUUUUUGUUUGGCCAAUUGUCCAGCAAGUUCAGAAAAUCUCUCUGAAUACCAUGACUUUACAAGUCGAAAGUCCUACUGUAUACACGUCCCAAGGUGUACCAAUAUCAGUAACUGGUAUUGCACAAGUUAAAAUCCAGGGUCAAAACGAGGAAAUGUUAUCAACAGCGUGUGAACAAUUUUUAGGGAAAUCAGAAGAAGAAAUUCAUAAUAUUGCUUUAGUGACAUUGGAGGGUCACCAGAGAGCUAUAAUGGGUAGCAUGACUGUUGAGGAAAUUUACAAAGACCGUAAGAAGUUCAGCAAGGAAGUAUUUGAAGUAGCUAGCAGUGAUCUUGUAAACAUGGGCAUUACUGUUGUCUCGUAUACUUUAAAAGAUAUCAGAGAUGAAGAAGGAUACUUGAAAGCUCUGGGUAUGGCUAGAACCGCAGAGGUCAAGAGAGACGCUAGAAUCGGAGAAGCUGAAGCUCGCAGGGACGCUCAAAUCCGCGAGGCUAUUGCCGAAGAACAGAGAAUGGCUGCUCGUUUCCUAAAUGACACUGAGAUCGCCAAAGCGCAACGGGAUUUUGAACUUAAAAAAGCUGCUUAUGACGUUGAAGUUCAGACAAAGAAAGCCGAAGCUGAGAUGGCUUUCGAGCUUCAAGCAGCAAAGACUAAGCAGCGAAUUAUGGAAGAACAAAUGCAGGUGAAAGUUAUAGAACGUGGACAAGAAAUUGCUGUCCAAGAACAAGAAAUGUUGCGACGGGAAAAGGAAUUGGAAGCUACAGUUCGACGUCCAGCUAAUGCUGAAAAAUAUAGGCUUGAAAAAUUGGCUGAAGCAAACAAGCUCCGAACCGUAAUGGAAGCAGAAGCCGAAGCAGAGGCAAUCAAAAUUCGGGGCGAAGCCGAAGCUUUCGCCAUUCAAGCCAAAGCCAAGGCAGAAGCUGAGCAAAUGGCUAAGAAGGCCGCGGCCUGGAAUGAAUACAAGAGUGCUGCUAUGAUUGAUAUGAUGCUGGAUACUCUACCAAAAGUCGCUGCUGAAGUAGCUGCACCACUUUCUCAAGCCAAGAAGAUAACGAUGGUAUCGAGUGGUAACGGUACAGUUGGAGCUGAGAAAUUGACAGAGGAGGUGUUGAACAUCGUAUCACGCGUACCAGAGCUCGUGAAGAACAUGACUGGCGUGGACGUAGCAAAAUCUGUACAUGCAGCAUAAAAUGGUGCAGUGCCAAAAAGAAAUGCCUCAAAUGCAUUUUUCCUUUUUGUGUCCGGGAAUAUUAUUUCUUGCGACUUCUUUAAUAUUAAAUGCAUACUUAUAGUAGGAUACUUUGACGUAGAUAUAUAUCUUAAUUUUAUAAGCUCUACCGUUAUUCUUGAUUUGAUAAUUGCACUGAAUUUGUCACUCCAUUUCAUUUAAUAUAAUACUAAAAGUGCAAAAUUUAUUUAUUUUUUUUAUAGUGAUUUACUUUCUUAUAUUUUUGUAAGGUUCAUCUUAACUUUCAAUAAAUAUUUGAAAUAUUUAUUUAUAUUGGUUUUUGAAUCACGACAAAUUUAUGAUUUCUGCUACAAAUGAUUGCAUUUCAAUACUGCCGUAUUUUCGUGUUACAAUCUUUUUGAUCUGAAUGUAUUACCACAAAUUACCAAUAGUCGAGUAAUAACUGUGAAACUCCGUGGAUGUAAUUUUCCUAAAAAUCAAAUUGAUGACUAAAUUAGUUUACUCAAGUGAAAAAAAAAAUAACUGUACAUUCCAGAAUAAGUAACAAUCAUUUUAAUGGCAAAAAAUUGAUAUAAUCAUACAGAAUCAGUAUUUAUCCUAUUGCUGUGUUCGUUUUUUUUUUGUGAUAUAUAUUUGUAAAUUGUUUUAUAUCAUACUUUUUAUUUUGCAAUCCUUCAUAACGCAUUUGGAGCGAAGGCAGAAAGGGUAUGGUAAUACGUUGGAAAAAAAUUUAUUGACUCUGUAUCGACAUCGAUGAAAAAAAAACACUUGAUAACUAAAGAAAAUAUUACCAUUUAUAUAAGAGUGAUUUUAAUGCCAAAAUGUGCCGCUUAUCAUUCCGUUGAAUAUUCCAUUACUCAGUGUAAUUUUCAAGGGAAAACUUUACUUUCAAUAAUGAUAUUACUUUUUUGGCACAAUUAGAUUCUUAGAUCAAGAAAAUCAAUUGGAAAGAAUUAAAUACAAACAAAUUGUAUCAACUGAAAAAAUCUAUUUAUAUUCAAACACGUUAAUAAAUUUAAAUUUAGAAUUUUUGGCGAAAAUUUAUGACUUUUCAUAUUUUUGUUUAAAUACACACUAAUUACAAAAAAAAUAUUAGAGAAAAGUACACAAAUUUUUGUCAAAAGUGUCAAGUAUUUUUCAAGUUUUGCAUUAAAAAAAAUCUUCGUAAAAGUCUCCAGUAGACAGACAAACAUUUAACAAAGUAAUUUUAAUUGUAAUCGCGUACUCUCAUUAUUUACUGAUUCGAAGAUAUUGUUUUUCGCGAUGUUUUCAUUUGAAUUUAAAUAUUUACAUGAAUAAGUGUUUAGUGAGUGAUAACAAGCUAAAAAAGAUCGCCCAAGAGUAAUGAGUAAUAUCAACAUUAUCUAGUCUCCAGAUUUUCAUAGUUUCUAAAAAAAAAGCACGACUCCAAGUGUUCAGUUAUACAUAUAUUUUGUAUUCUAAGAUGAGAAAUAAUUGUAUUUUGUCCUUACAUUGUAUACUUAAAUGGAAAUAAAUACGUACGAGUACUAAACUCUACGUGAGGAAUCUAUCAUAAGCUUAGGUAAAAAGUCAUAAAAAAAUCGAUUCUGUAAAUUGUAAGACCAGUCUCAAAGCCUUAUGCGAUAAUAAAUAAUUAAAAUUUGAAUGAGAAAA